AUGGCCAAGAAUGGUCCCAUAUCUCAAAUAAAUCCAAGUGAAGAAAGACGAUAUAGUCUAAAAAACAUUUGGAUAUGUUCCUUAGCAUUAAAACUACUAUUAAUGGUUGGUUAUCAUUCAACUGAUUUUGAUGUACAUAGGAAUUGGCUAGCUAUAACUAAUAAAUUACCACUAUCUCAAUGGUAUACUGAAAAUACUUCACAAUGGACAUUGGAUUAUCCUCCGUUUUUUGCAUAUUUUGAAUGGGUACUAUCACAGUUUGUACCAACUAUUGUCAAAAAUGAUGGAUGUUUAGACAUUGUAUCAAAAGGUCAAUAUGGAUUACCAACUAUAUAUUUCCAAAGAAUUACAGUUAUUGUUAGUGAAAUUGUAUUAUUUUUAGCAUUACAAUGGAUAAUAGAUACAUCAUCUUCAUAUUCAAUGAAGAGAAGAAUGUAUGUAGCUACUGCAAGUUUAGCACUAUCACCUGGUCUUUUGAUAAUUGAUCAUAUCCAUUUUCAGUACAAUGGAAUGAUGUAUGGAAUAUUAUUUCUUUGCUUAAAUAGUGCAAGAUUAGAGAAGUAUUUGUGGUGUGGAUUUUGGUUUUCUGUUUUGCUUUGUUUUAAACAUAUUUAUUUAUAUUUGGCACCUGCUGUAUUUGUAUUUUUAUUAAGAUCUUAUUGUUUGAAUUUAUCAUGGAAUAAGAGGAAGAAUAUUUUCAUUAAUUUAUUGAACUUGAUACAGUGGAGAAAUUCAAUAAAGUUGGGUGUGGUAGUGAUUGGAGUUUUCGCAAUUGCAUUUCUACCAUUUUAUAAUACAUUACCUGAAUUAUUUGGCAGGUUGUUCCCAUUCAGUCGUGGUUUAACUCAUGCAUAUUGGGCUCCAAAUAUGUGGGCGAUUUAUUCUUUCGUUGAUCGAGUUUUAAUCCAAGUUUACAAGAAAAUACCAGUCAGUCGAUUCUUUCUUCUUAAGAUUUUCAAAUUUGAUUCAAGCCUACUACAAAAUGAUGAAUUAUUGAAAACUUCAACAAGAGGUAUAGUUGGAGAUAUUGAAUUUUUCAUAUUACCUCAAAUUACAGCAAAACUAACAUUCUUAUUAACUUUAUUUUAUCAAAUCAUGGCAUUAAUCCCCUUAUUCUUACAACCAACAUAUAGAAGAUUUAUAGGAGCAAUGACAUUAUGUGGGUAUGCUUCAUUUUUGUUUGGAUGGCAUGUACAUGAAAAAGCCAUAUUGUUAGUGAAUUUUCCAAUGACUUUAAUAGUAUGUCGUGAUGUUAAAUUAUUGCCUGCUUAUAAUUUAUUAGUCGCUUGUGGGUAUGCGUCAUUGUUUCCUUUAAUUUUCACAUGUAAUGAAUGGCUAGUUAAGGUGAUAUAUACCUUUUUAUGGUACAUUAUUUUUUACUUCAAUUUUAAAAAAGUUACAAGAAUACCGAAAAACAAGACUAGUGGAGUUAUUGUUGAUAGAAUAGUUAAUGGAUACAUACUAAGCUUUAUAUUGGUACUUACAAUAACUACAUUGAUUGAUUUAUUAAAAAAUAAAUAUCAUGUUUUGAAGAAGUUUGAAUUUUUGAAUUUGAUGAUAUAUUCAACUUACUCCGCUAUUGGAGUAAUAAGCAGUUGGAACGGUAUGUGUUGGCUAUACUUUGUUGAUGAUUCUAUUUGGAAUGAUAGCACUUAA